AUGGAAGAUAAUUUGAUAAACCACUAUGAUAUUGAGAGUUUAUGCGAUUCUGACAGGGAAGAAUUAGAACAUGCUCUGUAUAGUCAAAUUCAUUAUGAUACUGGUGAUAAAUCUAUAGAUUAUACUAAUUAUGUUUAUAGCCCUAGCUUUAUUUCAACUUCAACACCUCAAGUUUCUCUCAAGACAGAUGAACAUGGAUUGUUAGCUGGUACUUUGAAUAAUGAAAACUGUAAAAUUGAAAAGAAAGCAAAAGGAAGUCCAAAACAUUUAAAGACAGAUAAUGAGUUCAUCUUGAAUCACACAGCAAAAGAUUGUAAGAACUCUCCAAAAUCCUCAAAUGAAAAGAAACAUGUAUCAUCGGACCUUAAAUCUAAGACUUUAAAACAAAAGCUAAGUGAAUCAACUGUAAGUUCCAAUAAUAUAAAUAUUAAAAACUCCAAACAAAAGAGAGUUAAGUUGAGAAAUGAUAUGUCAGAUGAGGAUGAAAAGAGAGAAUCCAAAUAUAAAUUAUAUAGCUUACAUAAUAGGACUAAACCAUCACACACUGCAACCGUUAUUAUAGAUAGUGAUUUAGAAAAUACCGGUAGUGAUAAUAGUUCAGUUUUAACUAUAUCUGAUAGUGAUAUGAGUGAUUCAGACAGUUCUAGUAUGUGUAGUAAAAUAUUUACCAAGGAUUCUAAACUGCCUGAUAUACAAUUGAAUAUAGAUAAUGAUAAUAGUGAUAAUGGUAAUGAUGAUAUUGAUGAUAUAUUAUCUGUUGCAGAUCACAGUAGUUCAGAUGAAGAUGAUGAAGAUGAAAAAUGGCAUGUUAGUGAACAAGAUAUUUUAGGAUCUCAGCCAGAAAUAUUUAGAUAUUAUAAAUAUGAUGCUGUGAAAAAUGUCAGGUGCAAAAAUUGUCGAGAAAAGGGUCAUUUAUCAAGAGAUUGUCCGAAACCAAAGGUUAUAGUAUGCUAUCUAUGUGGUAACAGAAAUCAUGUAUCUACAGCCUGUCCGGAACCAUUAUGUUACAACUGUUCUCAGCCUGGUCAUAUAUCAUCAGAGUGUACACAAUCACAAUAUAAAUGGUAUAUUAAAUGUUCUAGAUGUGAUAUGCCUGGACAUCAACAUGAGUAUUGUCCUGAUAACUGGAGAAGGUUUCAUGUUACAACUGUAGGAGAACCUAAAGAAGUUAAAGUUAAAAUAAAUCCUAGAAAAUUUUGCUGUAAUUGUGGAAGUUAUAAACAUUUUGGCUAUAAAUGUAAUAAACCACCGAUGUCAAGUCAUGCCCAGAUAACUUAUCCUUUUAUAGUGUCAUAUAAACCACCAGUAAUUAAAAAACAGAAAUUAUCAACUAAAAAAUACUUCCAUGAUGAUGAUCAGGUACUGGAACCAGUGUUUAAAAAGAAGAAAAUUCAACUGGUAGGAUUUGAUGAAAAGACCAGGAAAGAAAAAAACAUGAAAAUAAAACCAAUGAAAAAUAUAGAGAUGAAAUCACCAGAUCCAUUAAAAAACUUUAAGAAGAUUAUGAAAGAUUAUAAAAGUGUGGAAGAUAAAGACAAUAAAAACAAUAAAAAGAAACAAAAAGGUCAAAAGUUGAGAAAUAUUCGAGAAAAAUCAGCUUUUGUGAAAUUUGCAAAGAAAUCUAAUCUUGAUGAUAAACUAUUUCUCUAUACUGAUAAACAUUUAAAUAGAAAAAAUAAAGUCAACAGUAAAAAUAAAUUUGAAAAACAAGGCAAGAAGAAGAAAACUAGAAAAGGAAAGAAAGUUAUUUAA